UUUUUCAGGACAGGGAAGUUCUCAUUAGAAUGUUAGCAGCGGUUGUACUCAUUUCGGAGAUAGAGUUUGAAGAAGACAACAGAGGGGCUGCGCAAGUAAAGGAUGUUGCUCCGUUUGCUCAUGCCGCUAUAUUGCUGGAGCUUGAUGAAAUCACUUUCGGCGAGGCGCUUAUUACAAGCAAGCGGAAAGUUAGAGAUGACUAUGUGGCAACUCAUAAAACAACAAAACAAGCAAAUGACGGCCGUGACGCGCUUGCUAAGAUGUUGUAUGAAAGAAUGUUUGGCUGGUUGGUUAGAAUGAUAAACAAAGAUCUUCACCCGAACAGGCUUGGAUCAAACAUAUCUGCUAGCAUCGGGAUUUUGGAUAUUGCCGGCUUUGAAAAGCUUCAGAAUAAUAGCUUUGAACAGUUGUGUAUAAAUCUAGUUAACGAAAAACUUCAAAGUUUCAUGAACAGAAAGAUUUUUACGAUGGAGUUAGAAAUAUACCAGGCUGAGGGAGUGGAACUGGAUGGGAUACAUUUCGAAAACAAUGACGAUUUAUUGGCAAUGUUUGAAACGCCAAAGUCAGGUAUUCUAGCAAUACUGGACGAGAAUUCCAACAUACAACAUUCUUCUGAUAGCGGAUUUGUUGAUCACUUGAAAAAGAAAUUUGGCCAAAAUAAACUGUUCAUACAACCACCUGGAGACCACCCAGUUUUCUGUAUACAACAUUUUGCGGCUUUGGUUCCGUACAACGCCGACGGAUUUUUAGAGAAGAACCGAGACAGAUUGAAUCCUGAACUUGUUCAGACUUUGAGAGAAAGCAAAGAUGACUUCAUAGCUGACCUAUUUACUAUUAAAAGAGGACCAACUGGAACAAUAUCAAUGGAACCAGGUUUUCAGUUUCGACCAUCGCGGCGUGGAGUACCAGUGAUGGUUCCAGGUAAGCCCAAACUAAAAUCAACUCCGGCAGGAGCGGCUCUAGCAGUGGAAAUAGGUAAAAGUUUGAAGAAGAAGUUUGGGACAGUCCAACAGCCACAGCCACGGGAAUUGACACAGAUUACUCCUGGGAAAAAACAUUCGACGCUUGUUUCAUUUUUCCAGAAUUCUUUGAUGCAGUUGUUAGAAAAGUUAGGUGAUGGGGACCCAUUUUUUGUCAGGUGCAUUAAAGCCAAUUCAAAUCUUGCGGCGAACGACUUUGACCAGAAUGUUGUCACAGACCAAUUACGAUACAAUGGAUUAGCAGAAAUUGCAAAGAUUAGGAAGAUGGGUUUUGCAGUUCGCAAAUACUAUACAGAUUUCUUAUCAAGAUACCGCGGUUUAUUUCCGUCUCCACCGCUUGAAAGACAGGCGGACGUUAAUCAAAGCGUCCUUAGUUUAGUCCCAUCUAGUUUCCAUAGAGAUUUCAGAUGUGGUACAUCAAGGAUAUUCAUGACGAUCGAGCUAAAUGAUUGGUUUGAGCAAAUACUGCGUUGUCGUCAAAGAACAGCUGCUGCUACAGUUACUAGAUGUAUGAGGAAGAUAGCGGAAAUAAAAAAGGAACAAAAACGCAUUGAAGCUGAGAGAAAGAGACGGGAAGAAUUGGAAAGAAUAAGGCAAGAGGAAGAGAAGCGGCGCAAAGAGGAGGAGGAGAAAAAAAUACGUGAAACACUCACACAAGAAAACUGGGUUCAACAUUGAGCGGUACAGUCAAUGGAGGUUUAGGUCCAUCCAGAACAGGUUUAGGUACAUCCAGUGGAGGUUUGGGUGCUUCAAAAGGAGGUUUAGGUACAUCGGUGAUAUCACAGACAGGGGCAACCGGCAAUGAUAGUGAUCCGC